AUGUCAGAAAGCGACCAAUUGGUUUCCCAGUUCGUCAAUUAUCCGACCCCCAAACCUUGCGACGUGCCGUACCAAGCCCCACCUCCAGGAAAGAACCCAGUGAUCAAAGGGCCAUUGCUGCACUAUCUCGCCAAUCUCGUUGCAACCGUACCUGUGGUGCCCGGAAUCCUCUGGAGCAAUGCUGGCUUCAGCACCCUGCGGCAAUGCCGACAACUCGAUGGCGUCGAUGCGCGUUAUGACCCUACCGUGAUUCCGCUGUCUCGACCGGACGACGAAGCUCCAGCGAGCUACACAGACAAGUCGAACCUUCGCACACCACUGGACCACGCGUCGUCUAGCCGCUUUUACUCGGUCAAAGAUUUCCACGACGGAUACUCGAAUGGCACAUUCACACCAUCGGACGUCAUAGAGCGCCUACUGCCGCUCAUCCGUAGAGAUGUAGCGCAGCGCUCGCCAUGUGCGACAGCAUUCAUGGAAACCAAAGUAGAUCUUGUGAGGCAAGCUGCCGCAGCCUCUACACAGCGAUACAAGGAGGGAAAGCCGCUGGGAAUACUAGAUGGUGUACCUUUUGGUGUCAAGGACGAUUUACGAGUGAAGGACUACAAGCACUACGUUGGCACGACGCAUGACUACAGCAACGGCGGCAACAAGGAAAGCAGCUGGUGCGCAAAGAUGCUGGAGAAAGAAGGUGCCAUCUUAGUCGGGACACUCACCAUGCACGAGCUGGGCAUGGAUACAACCAACAACAACCCUCACUGGGGUACACCACGAAAUCCAUACAACAGCUCCUACUACCCCGGAGGCUCUUCAGGCGGCGCCGCAUCAGCCGUAGGCCACGGGCUGAUACCCUUUGCCAUAGGAUCCGAUGGCGGCGGCUCCGUCCGCAUCCCGAGCAACUACUGCGGCGUCUACGGCCUGAAGCCCUCACAUUCGCGCGUAUCCAUUGCGCCAAUGCCCAACUCGGGCAAAUCCGUCACGGUACGCGGGCCCCUCGCAAGCAACAUGGCGGACCUGGAAAUCUCGUACCGCGUGCUCGCCCAGCCAGACCCCUCGACAUAUCCCUCGUCGCUCUUCGCCGCGCCACGCAAGUUCUCAGGCCCACGCAACAAAGUCGUCGGCGUGCCCAGGCAAUGGGUCGACCGGUCCGACCCAGCCGUCCAGGAAUCCUUCUACUCGGCCCUCGAAUACUUGGAGCACCAACUCGGCUACAAAGUCGUCAAUGUAUCCAUCCCUUUGCUCGCCCAGGGCCAGCUCGCCCACGCAAUGACCAUCAUGGCCGAAGGCGCAGCCGCCCACCGUUCCUCCAUCUACGACCUCACCCCCGCAAACCGCAUCCUCAUGACCGUCGCCCGCCAAACGCCCGCCACGGAUUUUUUGCUCGCUCAGCGCCUCCGCAACCUCCUCAUGCAGCAUCUCGCCGACCUGUUUCGCGCAAACCCGGGAAUGGUGAUUGUCACGCCCACGGCGCCCAAUGCCGGAUGGCCCAUUGACGAGGCCGAGCUCUCGCACGGCGUUAGCAAUGGAAACAUGCAGAUUCGCAACAUGGAGUAUGUGUGGCUGGCGAAUUUUACGGGCCUGCCGUGUAUCCAGUUUCCUGUAAAUUAUGCGCAGGGCGUCAAGGGCGAGGGGUUGGUGCCGAUUGGGAUGAGUGGACAUGGUGAGUGGGGCAGCGAGGAUGCGCUGAUUGAAUUUGGGUUUGAUGGCGAGAAGUGGUUGCAUGAGGGGAGGGAGGGGGGAAGAGCCAUGCCUGAGGCGUGGGUUGAUGUGUUGAAGUUUUGA